AUGGUCGAAGUUGGUGUCGUGCCGCCUCCGGAAGGAGUGACUCCUGACUUCUAUUCUCGGACCUCUGUUCAGAAUAGUAUAAUCAUCGUUUUUGGUGUCACUUUUACAUUAGCAACUAUAUCCCUAAUUCUUCGAUUGUAUACGGCUUUCGGGAUCGUCAGGAAGCUAGACUGGGAUAUUCUAUUAAUCGUUGCAGCCUGGGGGACUACUCUAGCAUUCUUCAUUGGGACACUUACAGUGGCCAUGCCAGCUGGUUUUGGGCGGCAUCUUUGGGACAUUACGCCAACCCAAAUGCUAGAAUAUUAUAAUAUCCUAUCGUUCAUCGCUCUCACGUAUAUUUGGCCGCCGUCCCUAACCAAACUCGCCCUCCUCGUUCUCUACAUUCGACUCAACCCCUCGAAGCUUUUCCGCGCGUGCGUUUUCGUUAGCGGGUUCCUCAUUUCUGCAUACACCAUUACAUUCACAGUUUUGUUCCUCGGGCCUUGCAAUCCAUUAUCCGUUGGCACUGGUACAUGCCUGAAUGAUGUUGCCAUAUCACAGGCUGUUCUUAAUAUCUUCUUCGAUGUGGUUAUAAUACUACUUCCUAUUCCUAUGGUACAUAAUUUACAUUUGCCUCUGAAGCAAAGGGCAGCCAUUGGAUUUUUGAUCGCAUUAGGAUCGGCUGUCGUUAUUGUUUCUAUUGCGCGAGUUGCCUACGUGAGAGCCAUGAUAGCGGACGACGACAUGACUUGGACACAGGGAUCCGCUGCAAUCUUGUCAACAUUGGAAUUGAAUAUCGGAAUCAUUGGCAACUGUGUAUCACGUUUGAAACCUUUGGUUCAAAAACAUGCUCCUUCGUGGGUAAACUCCCUGGGCGGUUCGGGUGUAGGGGCCUACGCUCUAAACCAAAGUGGCAAUGUCCCACGGUCAUGGGGAACGAGCAAAGGGAAUCAAGGGUACAAAUUAGAGAGUAUGGAACGCGGAAAGAAGUUUGGUAAUGGAGAACGAGGUGUCGACAAAGAUAUAUAUGUCAUAAAUGAUUACAGCGUCGAGUAUGACACGAAAGAAUCGAAUCAGGCUGGACCGGCUGGAACGGGAAGUACAGAUAGCAUCCUCGCACCGGAGAGGGAUAUUCGACGUGUGGUAUAG